GUCACCCCCACACGGGCGUCGCUUCCAUGCUCCGCGCACCGAGCUGUCAUCAUUUCACCGGGAGAGGCGAAGGGCAUCCGGGAUACCGAACGAGAGGGUAGCCACUGAAACUCGUUUCUCGAGCGGACUAACAGAACAGUGGGCAGUGGAGGCAAGUCAUUUAUCCCUCUCUGUCCUGGGACUAACCGCGGUGGAGUGAGUUUUUUUAUCCUGUCGUCGUUUUGAGGUUGAGGACGUCUGGCCCGUCGGCCACAUUAAGGACUGCUGAUGCAUCGUUUAAGGACUUGUGCGGCGCGAUUGCGCCCGCUCACUGCCUCACAGGCAGCUCAGACUGUCGGCCCGCAGCGGCCAAUAACAGUCGCCUCCACGGGUGGCACAAGGACGUUUCAGCCAAUCAGGUGCUACACGGCACCUGUGGCCUCGGAGCCGUUCCUGAACGGGACGAGCUCCAACUACGUGGAGGAGAUGUACUUUGCCUGGCUGGAGAACCCCAAGAGUGUUCACAAGUCAUGGGAUGUAUUUUUCAGGAAUGCCAAUGCUGGUGCUCCUCCCGGUGCAGCCUACCAGUCUCCUCUGGCUCUAUCUGCAGUUCCUCAGCUCUCCUCUCUGGUCGGAGCUCAGCCCAAUGUGGAGAAGCUGGUGGAGGAUCAUCUGGCUGUCCAGUCCCUUAUCAGGGCCUACCAGAUUCGAGGGCACCAUGUCGCCCAGUUGGACCCCCUCGGCAUCAUGGACGCCGACCUGGACUCGUGUGUCCCCACUGACAUUAUCACCUCCUCCGACAAGCUGGACCUGGCUGUGUUCAAGGAGAGGCUGAGAAUCCUAACGGUAGGAGGCUUCUAUGGUCUGGAUGAGUCCGACCUGGACAAGGUGUUCCGGCUGCCCACCACCACCUUCAUCGGAGGCUCAGAGAGCGCCCUGCCACUGAAGGAGAUCAUCCGCCGACUGGAGAUGGCGUACUGUCAGCACAUCGGUGUAGAGUUCAUGUUCAUCAACGACCUGGAGCAGUGUCAGUGGAUCAGACAGAAGUUCGAGACUCCGGGAGUGAUGCAGUUCACUCUGGAGGAGAAGAGGACACUGCUGGCCCGCAUGGUCCGCUCCACCAGGUUUGAGGAGUUCCUGCAGAAGAAGUGGUCUGCAGAGAAACGUUUUGGUCUGGAGGGCUGCGAGUCUCUGAUCCCGGCUCUGAAAACCAUCAUCGAUAAAUCCUCUGAGAACGGGGUGGAAAACGUCAUCAUGGGCAUGCCUCACAGGGGCCGUCUUAAUGUUUUGGCUAACGUGAUCCGUAAAGAGUUGGAACAGAUUUUCUGUCAGUUUGACUCCAAACUGGAAGCUGCUGAUGAGGGCUCUGGAGAUGUGAAGUACCAUCUGGGAAUGUACCAUCGUCGUAUCAACCGUGUGACAGACAGGAACAUCACCUUGUCUCUGAUGGCGAACCCGUCUCACCUUGAAGCCGUGGACCCCGUGGUGCAGGGAAAGACCAAGGCAGAGCAGUUCUACUGUGGAGACAACGACGGCAACCGGGUGAUGUCCAUCCUGCUCCACGGAGACGCAGCGUUCGCAGGUCAGGGUAUCGUCUACGAAACCUUCCACCUGUCUGACCUGCCGUCAUACACCACGCACGGCACCAUUCACGUUGUCGCCAACAACCAGAUCGGCUUCACCACAGAUCCUCGCAUGGCUCGCUCGUCUCCGUAUCCGACCGACGUGGCUCGGGUCGUCAACGCUCCCAUCUUCCACGUCAACGCUGAUGACCCCGAGGCCGUCAUCUACGUCUGUAAGGUGGCUGCUGAGUGGAGGGCCACGUUCCACAAAGACGUGGUGGUCGACCUGGUGUGUUACCGUCGCAUGGGUCACAACGAGAUGGACGAGCCGAUGUUCACUCAGCCGCUGAUGUACAAACAGAUCAAAAAGCAGAAGCCAGUUCUGCAGAAAUAUGCCGAGAAACUGAUCGCAGAGGGAGCAGUGAGCCGACAGGAGUAUGAGGAGGAGAUUGCCAAAUAUGAUAAGAUCUGUGAGGAGGCGUACAAUCGCUCUAAAGAUGAGAAGAUCCUCCACAUCAAGCACUGGCUGGACUCCCCCUGGCCUGGUUUUUUCACUCUGGAUGGACAGCCAAAGUCCAUGAGCUGCCCCUCCACCGGUCUGACUGAAGAAAACCUGAACCACAUCGGAGUUGUGGCCUCAUCCGUUCCAGUGGAGGACUUCACCAUCCACGGAGGUCUGAGUCGUAUCCUGAAGAGCCGAGCCGAGAUGGUUCGUAACCGGACGGUGGACUGGGCUCUGGGAGAGUACAUGGCCUUUGGAUCGCUGCUGAAGGAGGGAAUUCACAUCCGACUGUCAGGACAGGACGUGGAGCGUGGCACGUUCAGCCACCGUCAUCAUGUCCUCCAUGACCAGAACGUGGAUAAGAGGACCUGCAUUCCCAUGAACCACCUCUCUCCUGACCAGGCGCCGUACACCGUCUGCAACAGCUCGCUGUCCGAGUAUGGAGUACUCGGCUUUGAGUUGGGUUUUGCGAUGGCGAGUCCCAACGCUCUGAUCCUGUGGGAGGCUCAGUUCGGAGACUUCCACAACACGGCUCAGUGCAUCAUCGAUCAGUUCAUCUGUCCCGGUCAGGCCAAGUGGGUCAGACAGAACGGCAUCGUGCUGCUGCUGCCGCACGGCAUGGAGGGCAUGGGCCCAGAACAUUCUUCAGCUCGUCCAGAAAGAUUCCUCCAGAUGUGCAACGAUGACCCCGACGUCAUGCCGCCACUGUCAGAGGACUUUGCGGUGCGUCAGCUCUACGACUGUAACUGGAUCGUGGUGAACUGUUCAAAUCCUGGAAACUACUUCCAUGUUCUCAGACGACAGAUCCUCCUCCCAUACAGGAAGCCUCUGAUUGUCUUCACUCCCAAAUCUCUGCUGCGCCAUCCAGAGGCCAGAUCCAGCUUUGACGAGAUGCUUCCUGGAACUCACUUCCAGAGGUUGAUCCCAGAAGAAGGCGUGGCUGUGGAGCGUCCGGAGGAGGUGAAGAGGCUGAUCUUCUGCACAGGGAAGGUUUACUACGAGCUGACCAAAGAGAGGAAGACCAGAGGCAUGGAUGGAACUGUGGCCAUCGCACGCAUAGAACAGCUGUCUCCGUUCCCAUUCGACCAGGUGAAGGCAGAGUCGGAUCGUUUUGCCAACGCCGACCUGGUUUGGUGUCAGGAGGAGCACAAAAACCAGGGUUACUACGACUACGUGAAGCCUCGCAUCAGGACCACCACCCAGCGAGCCAAACCUGUCUGGUAAUGAUCUUCAUCUUCAUCAUC